AUGAGGAAAUUGAGAAGAGUUCGCAUUGGCUUCUACUUCCUGUUCAUCGCCGCCUGUCUCGUGGCGCUCAUCCUACUCUUCUCGCUCAUCCAGGCCCGCGGUCCCGGCAGACUAGGCUCGCUCAAUCUCUCCGUCAUCAGCCUCCUUGCCUUCAUCAGUAACACUAUCGGCACCGUCAUCUGGACCGCUAUUGCCGAUAUCCUCAAGCACCAACUCAGCCGCAACACUAUUGGCAUGAGCGCCUCUUAUGGCAAUGCAAUCUGGCUGUUGUGUGAAAUCGAUGGUCUCUUGCUCUUUGCCUCCUUUGGUUAUCUAGGUGGCUGUAUAAGGGGCAGAAGAUCUCAGGUCGUUUAGAGCUCUUGGUUCACUUGGCACAUCUCCCGCUCUGCAGUCAAAUCAAACCUUAAUACACGCAAAAGGGAUCCAAGGACAAGUCUAUUCGAUUUCGCGAGAUG